UGUAUGCUCUUUUUUACCCCGUCGCGGAUAUCCGAGACUCCGAUCAUGUGAGGCCGAUCUCCAUCUUGGGAGUCUGUUGUCCUUCGACGAUCGUAUUUGGACCUUCUUCCCGUUCCCAACCCACUCUCAUUAAGUAUCUUUGAUUUCUACCGCUUCAGAAUGCCUCCCUUCCGCAAUUUCUUGACCAGAAAAUCUGCUGCGCCUGCGGAUGGACCGGAUUCCCCCGUUACCGAUGCCAGCGGUCGUGUCUCUAUAGAUAACCCGCACACCGGCCCACUGAGUAUCCGGAAAAGCUGCGACGAUGUCAAUGAAUUCAAACUGAGUGUCGUCAACGAUAGUGGCGUCUAUCUUCCGCCGUCGCCACCGGAUAGACCGAGUUUCUGGCGUAAAUACCCAGGCUCAUCGAAGAGUGCGAACCACCACCGAGAUCUUGUUGACGAGAACGAACCCUUUUCGAUAUCGCGUGAAUCGUUCGACUCUUAUCGCCGGUCAUUCGAUAUCUCCGCUCGGUCCCCGAUCAGCUACAACGAUGCAUUGCCGCCGCGGACGUCGCUUGACUCGCGGUUCUCACGGCUGACGUCACCUCGCGACCGAAGAUUCAACUGUCCCGAAUCGAUGGAGGAAGAGGCGUUCGAAGAUGUUGGGCUCAACGACGAUGUCAAGCCCAAGAAAAAAGGCCUCUUUGCUCGGUUUGGUGACUCGUACAGCAACAGCGGCCAGGGUUCAAGCAACAACCAGCGACCGUCUUCGUCCCUUGGCUUCCACGUUCCUGGAAGGAAACGGGGACAAAGCGCCGUUGGCUCGGAGCUCGGCGCCAUGAAUUCGCAGGAGUUUAACGACGCCUGAGACUUGACGAAAUCAUGGUUAUGAGUACAUAUUCUGACGGAAACGAACCAGGUGUUUUGGGCGCAAUGAAUGGCUAACUAGCAUAUAUCCCCAUUCUAUGGCUUCCGGCAUCCCUCGCUUCUCGCUUUUCAUCUGGCGUAUAGAUAUACGCCCGAGAGAGUGGCGAAGGAUGUCCUUUUAGUCUUUAAUAAUAAGUGUGCUCGCGUGCACAUGUACAGUGGACAUGAGGGCCAUAUGUUCUUCUCAAACAGCUUCAUUUAUCUACAUAUUAAUACUAAGCAUAUAAUCAUACUGAUUUAAAUUAG